CCAGGAGAAGCUUUGCUUCUUGCUGGUUUUGCUGUGAUUGCUGCUAGGACUAGUUUCCACUGCUUUCUUCCUUAGCUGAGCCUCUUCCUCUCAGGUUAUCAUACUUGAGCUAAAGCUGCCUAUGUACAAGGCCCGUUCACCGCAGAUCGGGAUGCGCCGGUACUUCAUUGAUCUCCUGGCUGUCCUCAGCAGCCGCUGCGAUCUGUGUCCUACGGCACGACAUCUUGCUGUCUACUUACUGGACCUCUUUAUGGACCGCUAUGAUAUCACUGUCAAGCAACUGUAUGUCAUUUCGAUGGCCUGUCUUCUCCUGGCAAGCAAAUUUGAAGAAAAAGAAGAUCGAGUUCCAAAGCUGGAGCAGUUGAACAGCCUGGUGUAUAUGUACAGCAUGAACGUGAUAUUGAACAAGAAAGAUUUACUCAGAAUGGAACUGUUGCUUUUGGAUAACUUUAACUGGAACCUCUGCCUGCCCACGCCAGCACACUACAUCGACUACUACCUCUUUGCUUCCAUUGGCGAGAAUGACCUUCACAAUGGCUGGCCCAUCACCUCCUCGACCAAAGUCAAACCCUUCUUGSAGAAAUACGCAUAUUACUUUCUUGAUUUCUCAGUGCAAGAUCACACUUUCCUUCUUUUUCGUCCAUCAUUGAUUGCUGCAGCUUGUGUGUGCRCUUCACGUAUCUGUAUGCAGAUUUCUCCUGCCUGGACAAAACAGCUUGAAUUGCUAACAUCUUACUCCUGGGAGCAUCUUGCCCAGUGCAUUGAGAUGAUGCUUAUAUAUUACGAGAACRAUAUCAAAGAAGCCAAUAACAUAAAAAAGCAAGUAACAAUACAUCAACAGCAAGUAAYGGAAAAUCUGAGCCCUCAAACCACUACCCAAGUCCUGUUUCAGCAAUCCAGCUAUCACCCUUUAGCCCGACAUACAGCUGCUCUCUCCCAGUUUCAGCCACCGGUGCAAGAUUUGUGCUCUGCUUAUCGCGACUCCUUGCAGGCACCGAGGCCCAGCCGGCCGCUCGCUGGGAGCUCUCUGGGCUCUUACACUGCCCUUCAGGCUGGUGUCCAGCCACCCGCCCAGGGCCUGCCCGUGCCGGCACCUGCUGCCACCCUGGUGGCCUUGGGGACAGGGCCCGGACGCUGCCUCUCCACGGCUUAUGGCAGCAGCUACUUCAGUGGUCAUCACGCAUGUGCAGCUGGGUGUUUUGAUGGUUAGGUGUUGAUCGUGGGGAAGAAAAGGUACCAUCAAGAUGCUAACAACCCAGUAUGUGAGCCAAGAUAUUUAUCUGAGUGAAAAUCAUGAARGAACAGAAUCCUUACAGCUUGCUCAUUCACGGGAUGUUGAGCUGGAUCCAUUGAUCGCUGAAAAGUGACUUUCAAAGUGACAUUGAAAAUCUAUGGAAAUUACUUCCUGCUGGUCUGCUGCUGGUGACUUGUCAGAGCUUGCUGAAAGCCUGUGCUUGUCGGACGUGUAGCUGUUCUUGGAAGACACGCAGUGCUCUUGCUCUUUCCCAAGGACACCUCUCCGGAACCGUGGCAGCUCAUACUACUGGAAGCUUCAGCUAAAAACGUACUGAAAAAGGAUGUUGCUUAUACUAAUGCUCACACUGGUAUUCUCUGCAGAAAUCAAUGUGUAGAAUGCUUUGUUUUCUUURAGCAGGAGUGAUAGUUUUAGGAGCAAGACUUGAAAACAAAGGGAGAAAAGAAAAACAGACCAGAGGACUCCUGAAAUCAUUCUUGCCUUAAAACUCACUUGGAAUCUAGAUGUGCUGCUGUUGAACAGACCAUUGCUCUGCCUUCACUUGUUAAAGAAAAUUCAAUCUUAAAUCAGCAUUUAGGUCUACAA